AUGUCAAAUAUUGUGAGCCAACUUGAUGGCAUUUCCGGUGAGCUUGCGGGCACUCAAUAUGGGCUCAAAGCGACCCUUCUCUUUUUCAUCUCCAUCUCCAUUUACAAUGUAAUUGAGCUGGCAAUCCUUGUGCUAUCGACAUUCCGUCGCUGGACGGGUCUAUACUUCUGGAGCUUGCUACUUUCGGGCUGCUUGGGAGUUAUUCCAUACUCACUCGGCUUCAUGCUGAAGUUCUUCACACAUGCCAAUUCUAUCUUGUCUGUUACGUUGCUUACCAUCGGCUGGUGGACAAUGGUGACGGGUCAGUCUAUUGUCCUCUAUUCACGGCUACAUCUUGUCAUCCGCGAUGAGCGCAUUCUUCGCCGAGUGCUAUGCAUGAUCAUCGCAAAUUUCUUUCUUUUGCAUGUCCCUACUUCCGUCUUGACGUAUGGUUCCAACGUCCCCGAUCGAUCGCCUCUAUUCGUCAAAGGAUAUAAUAUCAUGGAAAAAAUCCAGAUGACUGGUUUCACCCUACAAGAGGUGAUAAUCUCAGGGCUCUAUAUCUGGGAGACGACCAAACUGCUUCGGUUGGGUUCGAGCCGACAAAACCGAAGAAUAAUGCGCCAGUUAGUCGGAAUCAAUGUUGCCAUUCUUGUGAUGGACUUAGCCCUACUUGCAUUGGAAUAUGCCAGCUUCUAUGCUAUUCAGAUCACGCUCAAGGGUGUCAUAUACAGCAUCAAACUUAAGUUGGAGUUUGCCGUGCUCGGGAAACUGGUCGAUAUGGUUCAUGGGCACAGGCAUCCGGGUACGUUCGGCAAUGACGUACAGUGGUAUUCAUUAGAGUAUGAAUCUAGUCCGACUGCGCCGGCAUCGUCGUCUGGUCUAUUGGGUAGAAUCAACUUCUCUCACGUUGUUCAAGAUGGGACGAAGCGACCACACAGUUCACAGAGCGAUGGUUGUCCGGACAAGAAAUUCACGAUGAAGGUAUCGGAUUUGGUUAAACGUCGCCCUCCCGAGGAAAUCAUCUAA